AUGCUCGCUACCCAGUCACCCGCCCAACGCAUCUUCGCCCCGCACGACACGCCCCUGUAUGUCGGCACUACAAAGCCCGAAGCCACGCCGCUGGCUUCAGUCGGUACGCUCACCCCCACGUCUCCAGACACACCAAUGGACGAGAUCCGGGCCCGAUUCCAGCGGGACGGAUACGUAUUCAUGAAGGGUCUCAUCAGCAAGGAUAUUGUCGAUAAGGCUAGGGAGAUGUAUUUCGAGAGUAUUAGGCACACUGGUGUCCUCGACUCAUCCCGCUCCAUCUCUGAGGGAGCAUUCACGCGCGACCCAGAUGCCUCAGCCACGUUCGUGACCCCCGGCAGCUCUGCUUCAGGCUUCCACGCUUUCUCUACGACUCCGCAACUGGUUGAUUUCGUCAAGGCAUUCCAAGAGUGGGACACGCCGCUACUCCUCAAGCGCCAGAUGCUUCGCGCCGCGCUUCCGGGCCAAGACGGUGUUCCGGUCCACUAUGACCAGCUCUUUUUCCGGCAUGGCCCACCCACCUUCCUCACCUGCUGGACGCCGCUGGGUCCCGCUGGCCCAGAGCAAGGCGGCUUGAUGUAUCUCUCGGGCAGCGUUGCUCUGGGCGAGGAGAUGGAGGCCGACUUCAUGGCCCGCGCCCAGCACAUGACCAACGAAGAACGCAAGAGCGCGUUCAACGCCAACAUGAUGGGUGGCGGCAUUCUCCACCCUGACGCCGGGAGGUUUGCUGGUCGUCUGGGAAGGCAGUGGUUGGUGGCAGAGUACGAGGCCGGCGAUGUGGUGUUUCACAACCCACAUGUCAUCCAUGCCUCCUGUGUCAAUGCUGGUGAGGAGAGGAGGAUUAUGGCACACACGGACAUUCGGUUUGUCAAUCCCAAGGAAGAGUUUGAUGAGCGGUGGAUGGUGUAUUGGACCCCAGCGGACGGGCUGUAG